AUGGCGGAUUCUGGAGUUGAUACAGGUAACGAAAGUAGUGACAAUCCUGUUUUUGACCAUUCUUACUGUGUUUUGGAGUUUAAUCCUCCUGCAAUACCAAUAAAUUUGGCUGGACAACCAAUGCCUGUAGACUUUUUAGGCGAGCCCCACGACCAUAUAGGAAAAAUAAAGUGUUCAACAAAGGCUCGUCACUGCAGAUUGAAAUAUCGUUACGGAAGAUCUCUUUGCUCAUCAAGAAAUAAGAAGUUGAGAUUUGCUGCGUCCACCAAUAACACGGAGCUAGUAGAGAAGCUUUUGUUAUCAGGUGCAGAUCCGAAUUGUUCAGAUGAACAUAAAAGAAGCCCCUUGCAUUUAGCAGCUUGUAGAGGAUAUGUUGAUGUUAUUAAAAUGUUAAUAAGACAUGGUGCAAAUCCAAACAACAAGGAUACUCUAGGCAACACGCCCCUCCACCUUGCCGCUUGCACUAAUCACAUUCCCGUUGUCAUCGAACUACUUGAUGCAGGCACUGAUGUCAGUUCUAAUGAUAAAAAUGGUCGCAAUCCUAUACAGCUUGCUCAGAGCAAACUAAAGCUCAUACAAAUGAGACCCAGUGGAGCCGGACAUUUUGAGGAAACAAAGCAGCUCAUCAGUGAAAUAUGUCUGGUUGUAGAAAUGAUGCUUAAAUAUAUGAAAAUACAGAAAGCUGAUGCCGGUGAAAUUGAAUCCGUAAGAGAGAGACUUGAAAACGUCAGCACAAGAGAACAAGUUGAUUCUGAAGUACAAAACCUCUUGGAUAGUCUUGAUUCAUUAAAAUUAAGAUAA